GGGACCCCAAGAUGGCGGCGGCGCUGAGGCGGCUGCGGGCGCUGGGCCGGCGGCGGCGGCGGCCACUUUCACUCACUGAGAGGAGCAGAGCAGGGACACGGGGAGCCAUGGCGGGGGGGAGGAGAGGCGCCAUAGCCAGGCCAGAACAAUCGAGCAGGUACUCGGCCGGCUUAGCCCUGCCCCGCCCACGCCCACUGCUAGUCGCUAGCCCGUGUCCGCCGACCGUGCCGCUACGGGCGGCCCCGUGCAGCUUGUACCCCGCUGCCGCCGCCCGACGCCCCGCGCGGGCCGGGGUUCUGGGGGAGACCCUCAUCUAUACUAUCUGAGUGCAGAUUGGUCGGGGCUGGGACUGGCGAAGAUUGCCGAAAGGCGACGGGGAGGAGGAGGAGGAUGUCAUCGCUAGAGUGAGCAAGCAGAUCUCGCGGGAGGAGAUGUCGCGAGAGCUCAGCGGCCCUGCAACCGCCACAGAAAGGUUACUUUUUCCGGAAAUAACGUCAAUGGAAACCGCCCAAAAGCGAAGGACUCAUUUUGGUCCUGCCGGUGGGAGGUACUGCUUGGCGUUGUCGCUGGAAGUUUUCUCCAGGUAGUGCUGGCCUACCCGGAGGCCAGCUCGGGCGGGGAUGGAUCCUUUUAAGAGCCAACUUGGAGACGUCUCCUGGUCGUCUUCCUGACGACACUGUCCCCCUUCGGCCCGAGACCGUUGGCACGGAGGCGCUUUCACCUUCCAUGCACUUUCCUUUUCCCCAGUGGGGUGAGUCGCCCUGCCCACACUCGAGCAACCGCAGGGCUGGGGCGGGCGGGGCGGGGCGGGUUGUUUCGUGGUUAUUUUAUCUGGGUUUGGUUAUAGCCCAGGAUAGCGUCUAGCUCGGGGGAUGUCUCCUGCCUCAGCCUCCCGAGGACUGAGGUUACAGUGUGCGCUAUCAUGCAGUCUUCUGCACUUAAUCCACUCGUUUCCAAGACAUAUAUGGAAUUGUUGGACUUCACCCUUUAGUUUUUUGCAAGAAUCGCUUGUUGGUUUAAUAUUAUCUGUUUUGCCUGUACUGUGCCUUGUGCAACUCCAGUUGGGUCCAAGUUGCAUCCUUUAGAACUGAACUGCUUAAAAUUAAAGUCUAGAAAAUGAUUAUUAAAAAAAA